GGUGUUCCUUUCCACCGUCCCAGCUCAGCAGUUUUAUUUACGCUUGACCAUCUUUCCGCUGCGAUUCUUUCUACUACCGUACCACUUGAGAUACCCCGUCCUUCACAGACAAAACAAAGAUGGCUUCCGAGGCUGAGCGUCCCGUUCCCCUCCGGCUGGGCAGCAUUGCCCCCAACUUCAAGGCAGACACCACCAAGGGCCCCAUUGACUUCCACGAGUUCAUCGGCGACAACUGGGUCAUCCUGUUCUCCCAUCCGGAGGACUACACCCCCGUGUGCACCACCGAGCUCGGCGAGAUGGCCCGCCUCGAGCCCGAGUUCAAGAAGCGUGGUGUCAAGCUCAUCGGCCUGUCGGCCAACACGCUCAGCAGCCACGAGGGCUGGAUCAAGGACAUCAACGACGUGACGGGCUCGCUCGUCGAGUUCCCCAUCAUUGCUGACAAGGAGCGCAAGGUUGCCUACCUCUACGACAUGAUCGACUACCAGGACACGACCAACGUGGACGAGAAGGGCAUCGCCUUCACGAUCCGCUCCGUCUUCAUCAUCGACCCCAAGAAGACGAUCCGCACGAUCCUGUCGUACCCGGCCUCGACGGGCCGCAACAGCGCCGAGAUCCUCCGGGUGGUCGACUCGCUCCAGACGGGCGACAAGCACAAGGUCACCACGCCGAUCAACUGGGUGCCCGGCGACGACGUCAUCGUCCACCCCAGCAUCAAGACCGAGGACGCCCAAAAGAUCUUCCCCAACGUGCGCGUCGUCAAGCCGUACCUGCGCUUCACGUCGCUGCCCAACUCUGCUUAAAUGCGGUGCGGAGGGUUAAGACAGUGGCAGACGGGCGGCCACAUAGUGGGGACACACUCGGAUGCCCCAACGAGGUCCACAGUUCACUGCUUAACUGGUCUGGAGGAGGGCUGUGCCUCGUGAGCCAGGUUCGCUUUGGACGACGGAAGUUUGGGGCGGCGUUGGUGCGUGGUUCGCGGUUGCCAGCUCUUAGUUACACAGGUGUACGGAUUAGGGAAUGCCGCUGCGCUAAGAAUCGGUGAUCCUCCUGUGUCAACCCUGUCUCCACGUGGCUGUCCCAUCGCGGCGGAUAUCUUUCGUCUUUUAGGUCGGGCCCUAUUGCUCAGCGCAGGAGUGUACGGAAGAAAAAUGUAGCAAUGUUGAGGUACCUCCAAUCUAGGCCCGUGCCACUGUUCUUUCACUGC